AUGUUGGGCUUGUGGCUGCUGGCUUGCUGCCUUCUGUUCGGCGGCCGCGGCCCGGCGCCGGGCGCCGUGGCCCUUAGCCGGGACGCGGUGCCCUCUCUUCGGAAUAAAGGCAUAUUUAUUAUCCAAAGUGAAGGCUCCAACUUGUGCAUUAAAGUGGACACAGUUGGCCUCGUUCUGGAAGACUGCAGUCAACUCUCAAAAGACAUGUUAUGGAAAUGGGUAUCUAAUCAUCGUCUUUUCAACAUAGGCAGAAGUACCUGUCUAGGACUGAACAUCAGUAGACCAGAACAGCCAUUAAGUAUGCUUGAAUGUGACUCAACUCAAUACUCAUUACGGUGGGAUUGUGAUGGAAAAGCGUUAGUCGGUAUGGCAGAAUACAAAUUAGCUGUUGAAAGCAGCAAGCGUAUUGUGGCCAAAAAAAAAUCUUCCUACCAGUGGAAACAGUACAUGUCCUAUGAUGAAGACCUUUGUGAACACCCAUUUCAAGAAACAUACACCUUGCUGGGAAAUUCUUUUGGUUUCCCCUGUGUUUUUCCAUUUAAAUAUAACAACAAGUGGUAUUAUGAGUGUACCAAAGAUGGAAAGGAAUUUAACUGGUGUGCUACAACAACUCAUUACGAACAAGAUGAAAAAUGGGGGUUUUGCCCAAAUGCUGAGAGUGGCUGCAACGUUUUUUGGAAGCAGAACCCCAGCACUCAUCUUUGCUACCAGUUCAAUCUUGUGUCUGCACUGACCUGGCGUGAGGCACGGGCUGCCUGUCAGCUGCAAGGAGGAGACUUGCUGAGUGUCACUGACCCUGAAGAACAGAACUACAUAAGUAACUUAAGCAGACAGCUAAAUGCUACAGACAUAAUGCUGUGGAUGGGCCUGAAUCGCCUGGAGGAAGAUGCUGGCUGGCAGUGGUCAGAUGGAGCACCGUUAGUAUUUGUGAACUGGAGAGAAGAUGUGUCUGAUAACCGUUUUAAAGAAAAUUAUUGUGCAGUGAUUAAUUCAAAAUUGAAGUAUGGCUGGCAGAGCUAUUCAUGUGAAUCUGGAUUGCCUUUUGUAUGCAAAAAAUACUUAAAUAAGACAGAGCAUGAAACACUGGAUACAUGGAAGUAUUAUGCCACCCAUUGUGAUGCGGGCUGGUACCCACACAAUCGCAACUGCUACAGACUUCAUAAAGAGAAGAAGAGCUGGAACGAUGCUUUGAUCUCCUGCCAAAGUGACGGUAGCGGGCUCAUUAGUGUAUCCUCCCUGGCAGAUGCAGAGCUGCUCCUUAAAUUGCUUGAAAGUGAAAAUGUAACUGAAACAUGGAUUGGGUUAUACAGUAAUAACACCCCUGUUGUUUUUGAGUGGUCAGAUAGCACCUCAGUAAAGUUCUGUAACUGGCACAGCCAGGAACCUAACACCUUUCAAAGAACAGGACAACUCUGUGUUUCAGCACAAGGAUCUGAGGGACACUGGAAGGUUAAAAAAUGUGAAGACAGAUCUUUCUACAUUUGCAAAAAAGUGGGGGAAUUUAAUAAUGUCUCUACUGAGCUGGAAUCUAGCUGUCCAGAGGGAUGGGAAAGACAUGGUGGAUAUUGUUACAAAAUCGACAGUACCCCUCGAAGUUUUGAACAUGCUUCCAGUGGUUAUUUCUGCCCAUCUGCACUUGUAUCAAUAACAAACAGGUUUGAACAAGCUUUUAUCAACAGCAUGAUUCGUAGCAUGGUCAAAUCUGAAAGAACUUAUUUUUGGAUAGGAUUGCAAGACCUUAACAACACAGGAGAAUACUUUUGGCUAAGUACAGCAGGAAAGAAUAGCUCUGUGAGCUACACAAACUGGAACAAGUACGAGCCACGUCGUUCUGGAGGAUGUGUGGCUAUGCGAGGGCAGCACCCUGUUGGUUAUUGGGAGGUGAAAAGCUGUAGGAACUUCAAAGCAAUGUCAUUGUGCAAGCAAAAAAUCAAUUCAUAUGAAGAACCAGAACUUACUUUUCAAAAACAUUUGAGUUCCUGCUAUUUUGGAUGGGAGUCUGAAGCUAAUCUGCUCAACUGCUACAAGAUAUUUCACAAUGAAAAAAUUUUAAUGAGAAGAACAUGGGAAGAAGCAGAAGAAUUGUGCCAAGAUUUUGGAGCACAUCUUGCUAGUUUUAGCCAUAUCUAUGAAGAGACGUUUUUAAACAAUUUAUUAUAUACAAAUUUUGACAGGGUUGAAGAAAGACAGUUUUGGAUUGGAUUUAAUAAAAGAAAUUGGCUUUCUGGAGGGACAUGGCAGUGGUCUGACAGAACACCUGUUGUCUCUUCAUUUUUGGAGAGCAAGUAUGUUGAAGAUGAUUCAAGAAACUGUGGUGUGUUCAAAGUAAAUAGAACAGUGUUUCCAGCACACUGCAAUGAAAGGCGUGAAUGGAUAUGCAAAAUACCAAAAGGUGUUAAACCAAAGAAUCCAGAUUGGUACCUAGCUGAGUUGCCAUGGUCAUAUUAUCAAGGAGCAGAGUAUCUUUUCCAUGUCAAUCCUACGGACUGGGAAACCUAUGAGUUUGUCUGUGUCUGGCUUCGCAGUAGAGUGGCAACAAUAAAUUCUUCUGAUGAGCAAGCCUUUAUUCAAAAGAAAAUUAAGAAGCUAUCGAACAGUGAUGUUCACUGGUGGAUUGGAUUGCAUGCCGACAACCUCAGCGAUGAGUUUCGCUGGAGAGAUGACUCACCGGUAACAUACCAGAACUGGAAUGAGGAGAGGGAAAGAGAGCCACAAAAACCAGGGAAAAGAUGUGGCUUCAUUUCAUCACAAACAGGCCUCUGGGGUGAUGAAAACUGUACUGUCUCUCUUCCCUGCAUUUGUAAACGUAAAAUUGCAUGGAAAAUAGAGAAAGAGAUUCCAAAAGACCAGAACCAACAAGGAGUAUGUCCCAAAGGCUGGCUGCAUUUUGGAUUCAAAUGCUUUUUGAUACAAAUUCCGAAGGAUCCAGAGCAUCUGAGAAACUGGUACUCUGCACAAGAGUUCUGCAGUAGCCAUGAUGGGUCGCUUGCUUCCCUCAAAAAUGAACUGGAGCAAGCUUUCAUAACAAUGAAUCUAUUUGGAAGGAAAACUAAUGUUUGGAUAGGUUUCCAGAGUGAUGAUUAUGAAGAACUGGUGAAUGCAAAUCCUCCAAUAUAUUCAAACUGGUCCCCAGUUGAUGUAGUGCAUAAACAGCAUCACAACAAUGCAAACAUUGAAGAGCAACUUCCACUAUGUACAUUAGUAUCAAAUAACCCAAAUUUUUACUUUACGGGAAAAUGGUACUUAGAAAACUGUCAGAAAGAUUAUGGAUUUGUCUGCCAAAAGACUCAGGACAUAUCUGGACAUGUCAUCAAUGCAUCUGAAAUGUACCCUGUGCCAGAUACUUUAGAAUAUGGAAACCGAAUGUAUAAACUAAUCCAUGGGAAUUUUACAUGGUCUUCAGCUUUAAAAACCUGCAUGGCAAAUGGCACCGAGUUGGUCAGCAUUACAGACCAGUAUCACCAGGCUUUCCUCACAGUCAUUGUGAAUCGGCUGGGAUACAACCACUGGAUCGGGCUGUUCACUUCAGAUAAUGGGCUUAACUUUGAAUGGUCAGAUGGGAGCAGGUCUUUGUUUACCUUCUGGGAAGAUGACGAGUCCCGGGCCUCUGGCAGCUGUGUUUACAUUGAUACUUCAGGGCACUGGAAAACUGCUAACUGUGAACAGCUUCUGCAAGGAGCUGUUUGCCAUGUGCCACCUAAAAAGAAACCCACUGCCUACAAAGGCUUAUGUUCAGAAAAAAAUGUUCCCUGGAUCAAAUUCAAAAACAGUUGCUACAGCUUUUCCACGGUUCUGCAGGGCACAAGUUUUGAUACUGCAUAUGAAGUCUGCAAAAAUCAAGGCUCAAAUCUUCUAACUAUUCAGGAUGAAGAUGAAAAUGCCUUCAUUUUGGAAGAAUUACACAGUUUGGGUUAUUCUGUGCAAAUGAUUUGGCUGAACAUCUUGCUUGUUACAGACAAUGAGACAAUCUCCUGGUUUGAUGGUUCUGCCUUAAAUUAUUCUAACUGGGGCAUCAGGGAGCCUGAAUUUGAUCAUCUGAAAGGGAAUUUCUGUAUCAGCCUGAGGACCACAGACGGAGUUUGGCAAUCAUCUCCAUGCACAGAAAAAAAGGGAUUUGUGUGUAAAAUGGAAUCAGAUAUUGAUACAACAGAACCCUCUGAAAAUUCAUCAUACCAUGGGAUUGUAGCUCUGGCUGUUCUCGUGACAUUGGUGAUGCUGGUUGCCAUUUCCCUUUUUCUGUGGUGCCUCUACAGACAGAAUAACCAGCUCUUUAGCAGGAUAUUGUGGGUCAGACACUCUUACUUGCCACAGAUUAAUGCUGAUCUUCCUACUUUGGAAGAAAGCAUCCUCAUUUCUGAUUUUGAGAGAAGCAACAACAAUUAAGUGGUCAGAAGUAGCAAGCAGUUGCAUCCUCCAUAUGAAACUCCGUGUUCUACAGUGGUUUUCUCCUUGAGAGUUCCCUGGGUACCCAUGUACACUUGCAGCCGUCAGUAUGAACGCUGUAGAGGCUCCCUACCUUGGAGGACUUGUGCUUUGUGGCAGGAAGAACCACAGAGAAAUGGGCUCCUCUGGGAUAAGCCAGGAACUGAAAAUAUUCCCAUACCAUAAACCUCCAACCUCACAUGUGGAGCAGUCAUGUCUGAGGCCCUAGAGCAGUGGUGCCUUUCAUGCAGGAAUGUUCAGGCUUUUGUGUUUUGGGAUUUUUUUAUGUUGCAGAAUCUGCUCACGAGCCAACAUUAAAAUAUGGUCUUGAAUUUAGGAACUCUGAAACUUAUUUCAAGCAUUAUGGGGC